AUGGAUUCGUUUGUUGAACAAGAUUUUAAAAAGUUUCUAGAAAUUAAUAAUAGAUAUGUAUCUACAAAUAAGAAGCUUGAUAAUGAACAAAUUGUGGAAAUUAUUUUGGCCAAUCAGAAUAAACAAGAACAAGAUGAUCAUGAUAAUACUGAUAAAGAACCAAUACAAGUUUCAAUUAUAGAAGGGUUAAAUGGGUUAAAAACAUUUAUU